AUGGCGCCCACCUCCCCCACAACGCCCUUCCCGCUCUACCUCCUCCCCAGCAUCCCCUUCCGCCGGCGCCGCAGCUCCGCACAAUCGACGUCCACCAUCCCCGCUUCACCCCCCUCACCCUCCUCCUCACCCUCCUCCUCACCCCCAGCACCAACAUCCUUCCUCACCUCCACUCCAACGACGAACCUGCGCUGCACCAAAUGCCUUGCCGACCUAAUUCCCACCUCCUCCAUAAUAAGCAAAGGCUUCACCGGCCGCCACGGCCGCGCAUACCUUGAUGCAUGGCGCCCCACCGAGCUGCCGAACACAUUCAUACACAAACCCGUUGCUAGGCAGCUAGUCACCGGGGCACACACGGUCAGCGAUAUAAGCUGCCGGUGCUGCGGCAGUGUGUUGGGAUGGAAAUACGUCCACGCCGAGGAGGAAACGCAACGCUACAAGAUGGGCAAAUAUAUCCUCGAGACUAAGCGCGUGGACAAGAGCGGCAACGAGUGGGAAGGUGAGGAUGAAAAUGGCCACAUCAACACCGCGCUCGACGAGACCGAGAUUCAAUUCGACUCUCAAGACGAGGACGAGUGUGAGGAUUUGUUCAGCGGAAUUUGGAGCCCGGAACUCGCAAAGCGGAGGAGGAAGAACAAGGAUUUCCGCAGACAGUGA